AUGGCUACUGCAACAACCAUCAAACUGUCGUUGGCGGACACUGGCGUGUUUUCCUCCGGUGCAAGGGAGGACUCUGCCAAACUUGCCAGCGAACUUCUGCAGGAGGACAUGCGAACGCAUCACAUUUUCUUCAACAAGAAAAGAUUCCACAACCAUAUCGUCCAUCAUUUACUCACCCUCUUCGCCUUGGGAGCUUCUCCGCAAGAUAUACAGGCUGCCUACGACCGGGGCCAUAGCUAUCAGAGAUCAUCAUAUCCAGUAGAAAGCGAUGUUGUUCACUCUAUUAUCGAGAAAAGAAACUUCAAAGACUACCUUGGAAUAGAAGAACAUUACUCAAGCUUCCUAGCUUAUUUUCAGCAAGAAAUCGACGCCAAAGGAGUUUCAUCAGUGCUUCAAGAGCACUUGUUUACAGAGGAUGAACAUGCUGAUGAUAUGCUCACGAGAAUGUUUGCAGGCGAGUUCUUCCCUGCUGCUGUCUCUCCAGCCAUUGUUGCCCAAGGCCUUGCCGAAGCUGCUGUGCAUGAGAACUGGAUUGCCCCCUUUCUGGAAGGUGCCGAAAGGGCAGCUGGUGGCGUCGGAUCCCAACCUGGGAAAUCUUUGACUCAGUUGCUGAGAGAUGUUCGUAAAGACAAAGUUCUUUCAGAGAGUGUACAGUGGGGUGAUGGUAAUUAUAUGAGGAAUGGGACCUUGAAAAGAGCCCCUGAAAAGAUGGAAGAAUAUGCAAAACAGUACACGGUAUCACCAAAUAGCCUGGAAACGCAGCUGGCGGAGAUGAUCAACGCGCUGGUGUAUUGCUCUGCCGCGUCACAACAUCCACCAAAAGCAGUGAAAUUCGAAUUCCUCCUGAUCCACGCGCUCAACUGUUCGGUAUUCUUCUCCGCUAUCUUGGACCGUCCGUGGAUUAGUCCCCGUACAAAAGUCCGGUUGCUUGAAUGGAAAGGCCGCAUGGACUUGCUUUUAUACGUGUCUCGUGGCACUCCGCCACUUGAUUUGGAUGAAAUUGUGAAUUAUCCAGUCACCAGGAAUUGGAAAGAGAUUUUUAAUACUGGAAACACACAUCCGGCAGAUGAUAGCCACGUUGUGAAACUGAUCCGGGCCAUUGCCAAUGGAGAGCGCGUCUGCAAGCCGUUGGAAGACCGGGGAGAAGCGGGUGAGUUUAUGAUCAAGGGAGAUUCAUGGCUCAAAGCAGGUAAUAUGGCGAUCGACUCGACGCUAUCGGACCAGAGAUGGAUUUUUGGAAACGGAUUUGACGAAGCUUGGUCAGAGGUUGAGGAUCGCCCUCGAUUGUAA